UUUUAACCAUUAAAUAUUUAUAUAUUGCAUGUUGUGAAAUAUAAAAUAUUACCUGAUCCACAUUAAUCUUGCUCAAACUGUGUAUCAAAUCCAGACCAAUACAUUAAAACAAGGGUAUUGUACCUACAUGUGAUAUUCAAGAAUUUGUAACAUGUCGGAUAGUGAAGAAAACCUGCAUCGUUUGGAGGGAACUCCAAACAAUGCUCCUGGAGGUCUUAUUAUCAAGAAAAAAGAUAAACCGCCUGAUUUCCAAUUUGCCAAACCGUCCUUGUUAGGUCUAGAUAAGUUGGCCGCUGCUAAAAGAAUGCAGAACCGCUUAAUUUCUUUUCAAAACGAAGACAACUAUGGAGAUGAUAUUGAGGAUAAAAGUGGUUCCAGUGGUGUAAGGGAGCGGAAAUAUAGGAAGCAUAAUGAAGAAACCCCGACGUACACCGGUGGCUUAUCAGAACAAGCAAGAGCAAGGAUGUUGGAAAGAUUAGAAAUGAAAGAAAAGAAAGCGAGAGAAAAAGGUGUGCAUAAUUCAACACAAGAAGAGAAAAAGUCACAUUCCAAAGAUGAAGAAAACAGCCGAUUUCACCAUUAUGGUCGUGGGCAUCGUGACAAGGACAGAAGACGUGACUACGAUAGAAGAGACAGAGACAGAUAUAGGGAUCGGAAUGACAGGAAUAAGAGCGAAAGGGAUAGAAGGAGAGAUUCAGAGAGGAGGGAAAGAGACCGCGACACUGAUAGAGAUAGCUCACGACGGAGUUACUAUGAACCCAGGUUUAAAGAUGAACCAAGAACACCAAGCAUAAAAGCUCUCAAACCAACGGACAAAACAGCUUGGGAUGAUGAUGACGAUGACCCUAAGGCCGUAAGGAAGUCAAGUUGGGACUUCCCCACACCACUGCCCAGAGACUUGGCGGAUAGAUCAGCUCGGAGUGAACGUAAACCCACCAGAGACUAUAAAGGAAGAGCAUAUGAAGAUACCGUUAGAGCUACACCUCAUAAAUGGGUGAGCUCACGACGAGGACUGGAUGUAGACGACCCUGAGUGGCAGGAAGCAGAGAAGAAAUUAGAUCGAGCCUGGUACAACAUGGGAGAGGGUGAAACCGACGAAUCGGAUCCGUUCGCCGGCACCAGCGCUGAGUAUAUAGCGAAGAAAGAAGAGCAGAUAGAGAAGAGAAGGAACCGGAAGGUGUCAGCGGCGAGGCAGCAGAUAGACAGAGACAACGAGCUGUGGGAGAGGAACCGCAUGCUCACCAGCGGGGUGGUGCACUCCAUCAACGUCAACAACGACCUCGACGAGGAGAACGUAGACCGAGUACAUCUUCUAGUACACAAUAUAGUUCCGCCAUUCCUCGACGGCAGGAUAGUGUUCACUAAACAACCUGAGCCUGUUAUACCGGUCAAAGACCCGACAUCGGACAUGGCGAUAAAUGCUAGGAAAGGGUCCGCUUUAGUGAAGGCGUUCAGAGAACAGAAGGAAAGAAGAAGGGCACAGAAGAAACAUUGGAAGUUGGAGGGAACGAAGAUUGGUAACAUAAUGGGCAUACAGAAACAAGAGGAAGAAAUAGAAGACGGACCCACGAAACAGGCGUACAAAUACGCCGAGCACUUGGAUAAAGCGGGCGAGGAAGCGGAGUCCAAAUCAGAUUUCGUCAAGAAGUUGUCUAUAACGGAGCAGAGACGUUUCUUGCCCGUGUUCGCUGUCCGAGAACAACUCAUGCAGGUGGUGAGGGAGAACAACGUUAUCAUUAUAGUCGGUGAAACCGGAAGUGGUAAGACGACCCAACUGACACAAUACCUCCACGAGGACGGUUACAGUAAGAUGGGCGCCAUCGGCUGUACGCAACCCAGACGCGUGGCCGCCAUGUCCGUGGCCAAGAGAGUUGCUGAUGAAAUGGGAGUUAAAUUAGGUGAGGAAGUUGGUUACGCGAUACGUUUCGAGGACUGCACCAACCCGUCCACGGUCAUCAAGUACAUGACGGACGGGAUCCUGCUGCGGGAGGGUCUGCGGGACCCCGACCUCGACCAGUACAGCGCCAUCAUCAUGGACGAGGCGCACGAGAGGUCUCUCUCCACUGACAUGCUGUUCGGACUUUUGAGAGAGGUGGUAGCCCGUCGUUCGGAUCUAAAGCUGAUCGUGACCUCAGCGACAAUGGACUCCAGCAAGUUCUCCACGUUCUUCGGCAACGUGCCAACCUUCACCAUCCCCGGGAGGACCUUCCCCGUCGAGACUUUCUUCUCCAAGAACGUCUGCGAGGACUACGUCGACGGUGCUGUCAAACAGGCGCUACAAAUCCAUUUACAACCGGAUGAAGGAGACAUCUUGAUUUUCAUGCCAGGUCAAGAAGACAUUGAAGUCACUUGCGAGGUCCUAACAGAACGUUUGGGUGAUCUGGAUAACGCGCCGCCACUCACCGUACUGCCGAUAUAUUCUCAACUUCCAGCUGACCUGCAAGCGAAGAUAUUCCAGCGUGCUCCUCCAGGGCAAAGGAAAUGCAUCGUGGCUACCAAUAUAGCUGAGACGUCUCUGACUGUGGAUGGCAUCAUGUACGUGAUCGACUGUGGUUAUUGUAAACUGAAGGUCUACAAUCCACGGAUAGGCAUGGACGCCCUACAGAUCUACCCGGUGAGCCAGGCGAACGCUCGCCAGCGCGCAGGUCGAGCGGGUCGUACCGGUCCCGGGCGGGCGUUCUGCCUGUACACGGAGCGGCAGUUCAGCCAGGAGCUGCUGCCGGCUACCGUGCCUGAGAUCCAGCGCACCAACCUCGCCAACACCGUGCUGCUGCUCAAGUCGCUGGGGGUCGACGACCUGCUCGCCUUCCACUUCAUGGACCCGCCGCCGCAGGACACAAUCCUGAACUCGAUGUACCAACUGUGGAUCCUGGGAGCGCUGGACGGCACGGGAGCCCUGACGCCUCUCGGGAGACAGAUGGCGGAGUUCCCCCUGGACCCCCCGCAAUGUCACAUGCUCAUAGUCUCCGCUGAGAUGGGUUGCAGCGCUGAGAUGCUCAUCAUAGUGUCGAUGCUGUCGGUGCCGUCCGUGUUCUACAGGCCCCAGGGUCGGGAGGAGGACGCCGACACGGCCAAGGAGAAGUUCCAAGUGGCGGAAUCGGACCACCUCACCUUACUCCACUUAUAUAACCAGUGGAAAUCCAACAAUUAUUCGAGCGCGUGGUGUACGGAACACUUCGUCCACGCGAAGGCGAUGCGGAAGGUCCGCGAGGUCCGCCAGCAGCUGAGAGACAUCCUCACGCAGCAGAGACUGCCGCUGCUGUCGUGCGGCACGGACUGGGACACUGUACGGAAAUGUAUCUGCUCAGCGUACUUCCAACAAGCCGCUCGUCUGAAAGGCAUCGGCGAGUAUGUGAACUGUCGGACGGGUAUGCCGUGUCACCUGCACCCUACCAGCGCCCUGUUCGGAGCGGGCAGCGCGCCGGACUACGUGGUGUACCACGAGCUGAUGAUGACCUCGCGGGAGUACAUGCACUGCGUCACCGCCGUCGACGGCCGCUGGCUCGCCGAGUUGGGACCCAUGUUCUUCUCGGUUAAAGAAACUGGCAAGUCCAAUCGCGACAAACGCAAGGAAGCCGCGGUCCAUCUGCAGAGGAUGGAAGAAGAGAUGAAGAUGGCGGAACAGAAGAUGGCAGAAGAGAAAAAGAAGAGGGAUCAAGAGGUUCCCGUGAAACAGGAAGUGGCCACGCCCGGCCUGAACACGCCGCGACGGACGCCGCAUACGCUCGGCUUGUAGACAUGUUGUAGUCAUAACACAGCACCGGAACCAACGUAAGAAUAGACAUCUACGUGACGCGCCCAACAUGGCGGCCCACAGGGUUAGACCUGGUCAACUUUGUUGGCCGUAGUUCAUUAACAUUAAUAUACCUUGUUACAAAAGCUCGAAACUAUACGAUUGUCUCCUUGAGGUUGCUCACAUCAACAAGCUUAAGAACCAUGGGACUGAUGGUAAAAUCCACACACAAACCACAUAAACGAUGUUCUUGAGACGAAAACUACUUCCAGUGCAUCAUCAGGCCAAAUACAUUACCAUAUUCAUUGUUUAUAAGUCAAGAGACCCUCGUGUCAGUUUUUCGAAAUUAGGCGCAGUUAACUUUUUAUAAUUUCGCGUACCAAAGAAUACGCAGAAUUUCCAGUUUUUCACUCAUAAUCCUACGUUGAUACUCACAUGUGCGAUUUAUGAAUUGUAAAUAGGAGACCGGCCCUCGUGUUACACAACUAAGACUAAACCUGCCUGUGUGAUGAUGAUAGCUAUGUUUUACGGAUAAAUCAAUAAGGUACUAACUUGUAAUCGGUGAUGAAGUAUUUUCAGAUUAAAUAAUGAUUAAGA